UGGUCUCUGUAUUGAAGUGCAUGAACAUGAAAACCUCGUGUAUCAACGGAUUCUCAGUCAGUGCGAUAUUAGAUGCCAGUGAAUAACAAUCUCCAUUGGAUGUGACAAUCAGCUGGUGCAAUGGACCCCUGGACAAUUCUCUGUACGACAGCUCUGUUGCUGUUUCUGUACUAUUACUUCACAGGAGGUGAUAAUUUCUUCGAUAAAAAUGGAAUUCUCUACAUCAAGCCAAUUCCCUUCCUGGGGAACAUGGCCCAGACGAUAUUUCGCCAGAGAACAAUGACGGACACCAUCCACAGGACAUUCAAAUUGAACGAGAACGCCAAGUACGUGGGGUUCUUCGAUUUUGGUUGUCCAGUGGUGAUGAUUCGUGAUCAGGAGCUCGCUAAAAACAUCACCGUCAAGUAUUUCGAUCAUUUCGUCAAUCACCGGGGCUUCGUUGAUCCCGAACAGGAGCCUCUCUUCGGGAACAAUUUAUUUUCACUCCACGACGAUCGCUGGAGAUCAAUCAGAAAUCUCCUGAGUCCCGCCUUCACCUCCAGCAAGAUGAAGGGAAUGUUCAGACUCAUGUCUGAAUGCGCUGCAACAUAUGCUGAUUAUUUCGCUACUGAAUCCCGAGAUAAACCCCUGGAGGUAAAUUCCAAGGACGCAUUCACCCGGUACACCAACGACACAAUCGCAACUUGUGCUUUUGGAAUAAAAAUCGAUUCAAUCAGAAAUCGAAAUAAUGAGUUCUACGUUCUGGGCAGGAGAGCAACGAAUUUCGAGGGUCUUCGGUCGGUGAAGUUUUUUGCUGUCAGGAGUUUUCCAAGGUUGACGAGAUUACUGAAUAUCAGGCUCAUCUCUAGUGACGUUGAUGUCUUCUUCAAGAAGCUGGUGAAGGAAACGAUCGAGACGAGGGAUAAAUUGGGGAUUACUAGACCGGAUAUGAUACAGCUGAUGAUGGAGACGAGGGGCAGUAAGGAGGGACCCAAGCUGACGAUCGAGGACAUGACCUCGCAGGCUUUUAUCUUCUUCUUCGGGGGCUUUGACACCUCGUCGGUUCUCAUGUGCUUUGUUGUCCACGAGGUUGCUGCCAGGCCAGAGGUCCAGGAGAAACUCCAGAGGGAAAUCGAUGAGGUGUUUGAGAAACACGACGGAGAUCCUCCGUAUGAGGCCAUCGUGAAUAUGGUGUACCUGGAGGCUGUCAUCACUGAGGCACUCAGGCUUUAUCCCAUUGCUGCUUUCCUGGACAGGGUCUGCAAUAAGGACUUUGAAUUGCCACCUGCUCUACCUGGGAAGAAACCUGUUGUCCUGAAACCUGGAAAUAAUGUGUGGAUUCCUGUGUAUUCUUUUCUACAGGAUCCUAAGGUCUAUCCUGAUCCCCAGGUGUUCGAUCCUGAACGGUUCAUCAAGAAUGGAAAGGCAAUUGCUAAUUCAAGUAAUUCUCUGACCUUUGGACAGGGACCCAGGAUGUGCAUUGGAAACAGAUUUGCACUUCUGGAGACUAAAGUACUUUUGGUUCAUAUCUUGAGGAAGUGCUCGAUCAGGCCUGGCAAGAAAAUGAUUCUUCCGUUGAGAUUGAGCAAGGCCACUGUAGCGAUGGCUGCUGAGGGAGGAUUUUGGGUCGAGUUUCGCCCGAGGAGUAUCUGAAAUUAUAAAUUCCCGCGGGAACUAAUAGAAAUUGAAUUUCAAAUUGUAAAUUGAGAUAAUUACUUUUUUUCCAGACCAGAUUUUCGGCGAUAUCUCGGAACUGCAGGGACAUAUCGAUUUUUUUGUAAAGACAUUUAUUAUACAAAAAUAU